AUGGCAGACACUUCCGCACCCUCGGAGGACGCCUCAGUCUCGUUCAACGUCAAGUCCACUGGCAAUGCCAAAUACAACUUCUCACUGCCACUGUCCACCACCGUCGCCGAUCUCAAGGCCAAGCUUGCCACUGCAGAGUAUGCCAACGUUCCUGCCAACGCUCAGCGCCUCAUCUACAGCGGCAAGGUUCUCAAGGAUGGCGAUACUCUAGCCAUGUACAACGUCAAAGACGGCAAUACCAUGCAUUUGGUCAAGAGCGCCGCAAGCAACCAGAGACAGAACCCCGCCACGUCACAACCCUCAGCCAACACUUCAUCACCAACGCCAGCUGCUGUGCCAGGUGUACCACAGAACCUCGCCGCUGGCACUGGUAACGAUCCUUUGGCUGGUCUCACAGGCGCACGAUAUGCUGGCUUCGCUGGUCUCCCCAACUUAGAACAGCUACGAAACCCUCCCACACAAGAAGACAUGAUCCGCCAACUGCAAGAUCCCCACUUCGCAAGCACAAUGAGAGAGGCUCUGAACAACCCACAAUUCAUCGACAUGAUGAUCAAUUCAAACCCCGAAUUCAGAGCUAUGGGCCCGGCUGCACGACAGAUGUUACAGUCCGAACACUUCAGACGCAUGAUGACUGACCCGGAAACCAUGCGAGGUAUGCUACAGAUGCAACAGAUGAUGGGCGGUAUGGGUUCGGCGCAAAACGCUUUCCCUGCUCCAGGUGCUACCACUACCACAGAUCCAGCGCAGCCUGGACAGGGACAAACUCAGCCGGCCAACCCAUCGCCAUUCGGUGGUGCUCCUGGUCAGAAUCCUUUCGCUGCUUUGAUGGGCGGCGGUGCCGGCGCCAAUCCCUUCGCUGCUCUCAUGGGUCAGCAGCCACAGCAGCAGGGUCAAGAUGGUCAGAACACGAACAACACGCCUUCCGACACGGCCAACCCAUUCGCCCAGAAUCCCUUCAUGGCAAAUAAUCCCUUCAUGCAGAAUCCCGAAGCCAUGCGAAACUUGUUACAAGCAUUUGGCGGUGGGUUCAACCCCAAUCCCCAAGAUCCUUCCGCAACAGCAGGUACAGGUGGAGCCACCGGUACGGGCACAGACGGCAAUGCGCAGCAGGCAAAUUGGAUGAACAUGCUUGCACAGAUGGGAAUGGGAGGAGGUCUUGGAGGAGGCUUUGGUGGCCCUCCGGAUAAUCCUCCACCAGAAGAACGCUUUUCAACGCAGCUGCGACAGCUCAACGAGAUGGGUUUCCACAACUUCGAUCAGAAUAUUCAGGCAUUGUCGAGGUCAGGCGGUGAUGUGAAUGGUGCUUUGGAGUGGUUGUUCAGCCAACCUUCGUAG